GGGGUGGGGAACAGAGAGGCAGUCUCCCUGGGGGUUCCCACAGGGCUGCGGUGUCACUGAGGGAAAUGUGGCUUUUCCUGAACCGCAGAUGUCUGCUAUGAGGAGAGGGGGGAGGACCUCAAAACUGGGGCAAAUGUAUUUAAAAAGGAGAUCCAUCGCUGUAGAGCACAAAGUAGGGCCCACAGCACACACUGCCCCAUAGAUUUGGUGACCCACACUCAACUAUGGACCCCCCCCAAAACCAUGUCCCAUUGCUCACCUCACAAAGUUGGAGUCCCUUCAACCAACCACGACCCAUAGAUUUGGAGAUGCCACAAUCACCUGUGGAACUCCAAACGCUGCCCCACAGACCACCCCAUGGAUUUGGAGACAACGUGUGACACAUGAGGGGUGACAGCCUGUGUGGGGCACCCCAGUAAGGGCAGCGUGUGCCACUCCACAAAUUCCAUCCCAUUGUAGUCCACAUGGUGCAAAAACUAGGGGAACACAAUUUUCACAUAGGGAGGUGACAUAAUGGAAUCAUGUCCCAAGGGGAGCAGACAGCGGUUCUCCAGCCACUCCCUGUCCCCACUGCAGUCUCACUGUCCCCAGGCUGCUCCUGCCUCAUGGCAACAAUGGUGGUGGCCCUCAUCCUCGGUGAGUGACAAUGGGGACGUGGUGCCACAGGGGUUGUUGGCCCAGUGUGGGACCAGGACCGUGUCCCUUGCAGGUUGGUGGCUGGUGACAAUGCACAGGGCACAGCAACUGCCCCGACCCUCCCUGUCGCUGCACCCCAGCCAGGGGGUGUCCCUGGGGGACACUGUCACCCUGCGCUGCCACCUACCCAAGCCGGCUGCCUGGGUUGAGCUCUACCAGGAUGGACUUUUGAGAUCCUACAAGGACAUGGACAAGCAUCAGGUCAUGGCUGAGUUCUCCUUGGUUUGUGUAAAGCUGGAAGAUGCAAUGAAGUAUUGGUGCCAGUACCGGGUUUUGGAGCCACCGGGAGUAUCAGAGAAGAGUGUCCCCAUCGAUUUGGUGGUGACAGAUCAUCGAUAUUCCCCACCUAACAUUUCCAUCAGCCACGAAAAAACUGUGGAAGUGGGGACCAAUGUCACCAUCCAGUGCUGCAAUCAGGGCUAUGGGGGCACCAUCUUCUUGCACAAGGACGGGCACUCAGCCCCUCUCCAGCACCACGACCCCCAUGGCGGGGGCACAGCCACCUUCACCCUCUUUGGGGUGACUCCAGCUGACAGUGGCACCUACAGGUGCUCCUAUCACCCCAAGGCCUCCCUCUUUGUGUCCUCACCCCUUGGGGACAGCGUGACACUGGAGGUGACACCCACACUAGCACCCCCAGGUGCUGAGUUGGUGUCCCGUGGGAACCUGGUGGUGGCAGUGGUGAGGGGCUGCGCUGCUGCCCUCAUCUUUGCCCUCGGCGUCUUCUUUGUCAACGAUGCCUGCAGCCUCUGGAUACGGAGAGAUGAGAGUCUGGGGGGGGAAGGGAUUUAAUGGUUUGGAUCUCCUGUACAUCUCCUACACGUCUCCCCAGUUUUCCCCUUCCACUCCUUCCAUUCUUCUGUAGAAACCACCAGGUUUCUACCAUUGGAUCCACUGAAGGUUGCCUAUCGAUUCCCUCAGAUGUUCCCUGCCCCCAUCCCAUCUCCUAUAAAUCCAUCAUGUAUCCCCUGCCUCCCCUUCCAGACCCUAUAAAUUAUCUAGUCCCAGUCAUCUUGUGCAUCUGUGUCCAUCAUUUACAGAUCCACUAUAAAUCCACCCAAGCGUUACCUGCCUCCUCUUGCGUCCCCUUCCUAUUCUCACAAGUCCAACAAGUUUCAAACCCCCUUCAUCCCCCAUAACCCCACAAUGCUCCUGUUCUAUUUUGACUCCGGUGCCUACCCACAAAUUCCUGAGGCUGUGCACUUCCAGAUAGGUCUUUGGGUCAGGGACCCCUGAUCCCAGCCUGUUCCUGGGCACCUCAUACUCCACCUGGAACCCAAAUCCCUGCCCAUGUGGACCCCGGGAUCCCCCAAAUCAGAUGGCUUACUCUAACCUUGUGUGAUGCUCAAAAUCCUGACCAGGGGGAAGCACGAAUCUGCAUUGUGGAGAUCCCCCAGGGCCCAAAUCAAAGUCCUUGCACCAACUGGGGAAAACCCAGCCAUAAACAUCCCCCUGACAGUGUGGGCAAUCCAUACAAUGUAAUAGGACCCCCAAAAGGCACACAUAUUUACUUGCAAUAUCAGACCAGUGUUACCCCAAAUCAAAGUCCCCCCACAUCCCCAAACACACCAUCACUGACCACACCCACACACUUACAACGGAGAUGUCCCUCCUCACAGCCAUACUGAGGAACCCCACAGUGGUUCUCCACCGUCUCCAGUUGCAGGAGAAUGGCUCAAAGAGCAAGGACAUUGUGAGUACGAGUGCUACGUGCACUACCCAGGCUAUGAGACCUUGAAGCUGUCAAAGCAAAAAGAAAAGCUGAGGCUGCAGUUAAGAUAAGGGGGAAGCUAGCCUGGGGAGAGACUAAGGCAAUGGAAUGUGAGGAACAGUGUGAAAAGCCACGUGAUGAUUAAUGCUGGACCAAUAGCUUUGCGAGCAAGACGCGUGAUUUCUGUAUGCUAACCAAUCAUGAGCUGACUAUCUCCGUGUGCACCCUGUAUUUCUGUAUGAACUGAUUUGGGCAAUAAAUCGAAGCU